CCCAAGGCGAGCUGCACAGCUGGGGGAAGGAAAUACACUUGAACUAAAACUCAUCUUUGCUGUACGUCGACUCACCCGGGGCCCUUUCUCGAUAUCGCUGUUGAUUGUCGUUGUCAUUAGAUCGAGAUGCCUUUCCUCGGACAGGACUGGAGGUCCCCUGGGCAGAGUUGGGUAAAGACUGGCGAGGGGUGGAAAAAGACGACGUCAGACGACAAGAACAACAACGUUUCCAUCGAGAGCUACAGCGCCAAGGAAGAGGAGUGUUUCAACAAGGAGAACCUCCUGCUCUCUCUCAGCUAUGACAUGGUCAACAAGAGGAAAAAGGACUUGAUGAACAACAACACCAAAGUCCCCUACUUCCACAAGGAGAAGUGGAUUUAUGUCCAUAAAGGAAGCACCAAAGAGCGCCAUGGAUAUUGCACUCUAGGAGAGGCCUUUAACCGCUUGGAUUUCUGCAGCGCCAUCAAGGACACAAGAAGAUUUAAUUAUGUCGUCAGAUUGCUGGAGCUCAUUGCCAAGUCCCAGCUCCCGUCUCUCAGCGGAGUCGCACAGAAAAACUACAUGAAUAUUCUGGAAAGAGUUGUGCAGAAAGUCUUAGAUGAUCAGCAAAAUGUUCGUCCCAUCAAGGAGUUGCUGCAGAUGCUGUAUGUGUCGCUAUGUGCCCUGGUCCAGGACAUGGGCAAGUCUGUGCUGGUGGGGAAUAUCAACAUCUGGGUCCACCGCAUGGAGAACAUCCUGCAGUGGCAGCAGCAGCUGGACAGCAUCCAGAUCAACAGGCCCACAUCUAAAGGUAUGACCCUGACGGACCUGCCGGCCAGUCUGCAGCUGAACAUCAUGCAGUGUCUGACAGACGGCAGGGACCUGGUCAGCCUGGGCCAAGUGUGCCCCGACCUGGGAACCCUCACCGAGGACCGGCUGCUCUGGAAGAAGCUCUGCCAGUACCACUUCACCGAUAGACAGAUUCGUAAGCGGUUAAUGGUGUCAGAGAAGGGCCACCUGGAGUGGAAGAAGAUGUACUUUAAGUUGAGCCGCUGCUACCCUCACAGAGAACAGUACAGUGACACCUUGCACUUCUGCUCACAUUGCCACAUCCUCUUCUGGAAGGACACAAAUCACCCCUGUACAGCCAACAACCCAGAAAGCUGCACUAUGUCCCUCUCCCCUCAAGACUUUAUUGACCUUUUCAACUUCUGAACCUCCUGUUGCUUUUCUUAAAGCCUGACUGAUUUGUACAUACUGUACAUACAAAUGCACAGCGCUGAUAAUUAUUUUAUAGUGCAAUCAAUUCCUGGAUUUAUAUUUUAGCCAAGGAAAGACAGGCAGUGGGACAAUUGCGCAAUGAAGUUUCAAUGAGUAGAGCUUGGAAAAUCUUUGGUUUAAUGCGCGCGAAUGGGAUAGAAAAAGGAAUACAUAAAUGCAAAAUGUUAAAGGAAAUAAAAGUUUAGUGGGGAUAAAGGGAGAAUUCUUUGAGUUUGGGUGGAGUUUGACAUGAAUUUUGAAAAUGCAGCUCUAAAGUAAAUGCGUCUUUGGGCCUUAACUGAGUACAACUUUAAUAAGCUUUAAUUUCCUGGUUGCAACAUUCGAUUUAUUAGUUUGAUUUUAGGUUUUGGAGGUUUUCCUUUGAGUACAAGUGAGAUAACAAAGUUGGGCAGAUCAAAGUAGUUUUGUUUUGGAAUUAGAAAAUCGACUUGGUACCAAGAUGGUAGUAGGCUGGCUCACAUGUUGGGAUACAACCAGUUGGAUAUUCGGAGAAAGAAUGAAUUGGUUUUCUGAUUAUUUUCAUGUGGGUGCAGGAAAUCUGACUUGUUACGUUUCAGUGAAGAGUGACAUGAGAAAUGAUUGGCUGACUGAUCAAUGGGUGUGUGAUUGAUUGACUGAUCAAUGGGUGUGUGAUUGCUUUGUGUCUAUAUACCUAUCUUUUCCUCCUCCUGUUUUUUUUUCACUUUUAUAAAAUGUUUUCAAUGUUGUUUUUUUUUUAAAACUGAUUUUUAUUGUGUGUGUGUGUGUGUGUUUUUUUCCUUCCUGCUGUGGCCACUGAAGCCACUCCGGUAUCUGUGUGCAGUAUUACCAAAGAUAUAGUCAAAAUAUGUAAAUAUAACAAUGGUGUGCCUUAUCAUGAAACUUGAAAAAAACGGUACCAGCUUCAUACUCGUUUGUGAUAUUUUCAGAACCUGAUGCUUUUUUAUAUUGUUAACAAAUUGUCUCACAGGUCAACAAAUGGUUUUCAAGAUCUAGGUUUUGAAACCGAAGACCGAGCUGCAGCUUUUUACAUGUUGACUGACUGAAGCAUUUCAUUUCCAAUGGCCUCCUGCAUGAUGCCAUUUUAUUACUGAUUUUGUUUUUUUUUUAUACCCACUUGAUUGUUUACUUAUUUAUUUGGUUUCUGGUAAGUGUAUUUGCACCGUUUAAUACAGACGGCGUGGAAGUGCUUCUAGAUUAGUGCAAUUUUUGACGCCGACUCUUGAUCACUGUGUGAGGAGACAUGAGGAUGUAAAGUUAUUGUAACACAUUUUGUUUUAAGUUUCAAUAAAUGAUGGAAAUGGA